UGUUUACGUUCUCAGUCUGUGGUAACCCUAUCGUCAGCGCAGUGAAGGGGGGCUUCAUUAAAAGGUGGAAGUGGGAUAUGGUUCAUGAGCCGUGUCACGACGUUAUAAGCAAACGAGACGAGGAACGCGCUCUAGAUAGCGUGCUCACGCGGAUGACGAUAUCCUCUCUUCAUUCAAUACGUUCUCUAAUACCGCUCUUUAAUUCAAUGACAUUUGUUAAUAGUCAGUCGAGUUUUUCUUAGAAAAUAUACACUGCAGUGCAUAUUUCAUCCGAACUUUCAACUAAAGAUUUCUUUAUUCUUUUUAUGGAAUAUUAACGUAACUGUGAAACAUUACAAGAUGUGAUAAAACGGUAAACUGGUUUGUUCAAUCGUUCAGUCAGUGAAUCCGGAGAAUUUGAACUGGGAUUAAGAGGUUGCUUCUGUAAUACUAUAAGAAUGCCGGAUGCCUUUUCCGAAUUAUUUGGAUAAAGACCCAAAACCCGUCAUGGAUGACUCCAGGUUACCCAGGGGAGGUCACCAUAACGGGAAAGACAUCAAUAUUUUAGUGGUCGGAGUAAAAGGAGUGGGGAAGUCCGCUCUGACUGUGCGGUUCCUGACAAAGCGCUUUAUAGGAGACUAUGACUCUCAAAUUGAAGCAGUGUACGCACAACAAUGCACGCUGGACGGAAAGACAAUCACUGUCCACAUUCUGGACACUGCUUGGCAGGCUAAUGGCUUCACCAUCAAAGAUGACCAAAUUCUUUGGGCGGACGCCAUUAUGAUGGUCUAUUCCAUAACGGAGAGGAAAAGUUUCGAAAAGUUGAAAGAAUUCGCAGAUUAUGUUAUUUCCAAGAAGACUGUCGGUAAAACCGUCAUGGCUUUGGUAGCAAACAAGAGCGAUCUUGUCCACAUGAGUACUGUGACGAACGUUGAAGCAACACAGUUUUGUGCUGAGUACAAUUGCUUGUUCUUUGAAACCUCCGCUAGUGAAAGCUAUACUUCUGUGACAAAUGCGUACAUGUCUUUGUGCAAACAAGUAAAAGUGACUCAUAAAAAGAGAGAAAAAAUAUCCAAGUUUAUGCAAAACCCCGCCAUUAAAGCCAAACUCCAGAUCCGAAAUCCAAUUAGAGGCUUAGAAAUGAAAUGGAGGUCACGUGCGCCGACCAUGUGAAACAAUGGCUAAAUUCGUGUAAUUUUGUGAAGAGUUGGGAUUACUAUUAAUCACAUUUUGGCGGGAAUGUUUGACAGAUAUUUACCUGUGAUAUCAUUCUACAGUUCAUUUUAACAUUUUGUCAUUAUAUGUACACGUGUUGUCAACACGUUCAUAUACACUGUACACUUCGCGUCAUUUUCCCUCUUAAUUCACUUCAUAAAGAAAUUUCACAUGUACUAAUUUGUCAUGUGCAUAUUUGUGUUGUUGGUCAUAUCACGAAAUAAAAAAUUUGAAAUCGG